CCCGGGCUGCUGUAAUCUUAAACCGCCGGGAGCCCGAGGCCUAUAUUUAUAGAGAAACGCGCGUCCCGGAGGCCGCCGUGGGCACCCCUGGGUCGCCUCUGGAAGAAAUUUUGUCAUUUUGGAGGGGAGCCCCCGUUUUCAUUUUUUCCGUGUUUUGAAAUUGGGAGCUCCAGACCGGGACAGCUGAGAAUUGCAAACUCCCAGGGAGGGCCAUAUUGUUUUUCAAGAGCCUUUUGUCUGCGGUUUGGCAGUCUCGUCCGAGCCGUCCCCGAACUCCUCUCCGGCCCUCGGAGGCGACUCCAGCUUCUCCGAGCUUCACUGCCACCUGUGAGCCGCGGCUCGGGCCACGGCUCCGAGCGGAGCCCCCUUUGUCCUGUGUGGGCCCUCUAAGAAGUCCUCCUGGCGGGGCUCGGGGUGGUGGGGGCUGGGGAGAUGAACGCUGCGGCCAGCAGCUACCCCAUGGCCUCCCUGUACGUGGGUGACCUGCACUCGGACGUCACCGAGGCCAUGCUGUACGAAAAGUUCAGUCCUGCGGGGCCUGUGCUGUCCAUCCGGGUCUGCCGCGAUAUGAUCACCCGCCGCUCUCUGGGCUAUGCCUACGUCAACUUCCAGCAGCCGGCUGACGCUGAGCGGGCCUUGGAUACCAUGAACUUUGAUGUGAUUAAGGGAAAGCCAAUCCGUAUCAUGUGGUCUCAGAGGGAUCCCUCUUUGAGAAAAUCUGGCGUGGGAAAUGUCUUCAUCAAGAACCUGGACAAAUCUAUAGAUAACAAGGCACUUUAUGAUACUUUUUCUGCUUUUGGAAACAUUCUGUCCUGCAAGGUGGUGUGUGAUGAGAACGGCUCUAAGGGUUAUGCCUUUGUCCACUUCGAGACCCAGGAGGCUGCCGACAAGGCCAUCGAGAAGAUGAACGGCAUGCUCCUCAAUGACCGCAAAGUGUUUGUGGGCAGAUUCAAGUCUCGAAAAGAGCGGGAAGCUGAGCUUGGAGCCAAAGCCAAGGAAUUCACAAAUGUUUAUAUCAAAAACUUUGGGGAAGAGGUGGAUGAUGAGAGUCUGAAAGAGCUGUUCAGCCAGUUUGGUAAGACCCUAAGUGUCAAGGUGAUGAGAGAUCCCAGUGGGAAAUCCAAAGGCUUUGGCUUUGUGAGUUACGAAAAACACGAGGAUGCUAAUAAGGCCGUGGAAGAGAUGAACGGAAAAGAAAUCAGUGGGAAAGUCAUUUUCGUCGGCCGUGCACAGAAGAAAGUGGAACGGCAGGCUGAGUUAAAGCGAAAAUUUGAACAGCUGAAACAGGAGAGAAUUAGUCGCUAUCAGGGGGUGAAUCUCUACAUUAAGAACUUGGAUGACACAAUUGAUGAUGAGAAGUUAAGGAAAGAGUUUUCUCCUUUUGGAUCAAUCACCAGUGCUAAGGUGAUGCUGGAGGAUGGGAGAAGCAAAGGGUUUGGCUUUGUCUGCUUCUCAUCCCCUGAAGAGGCAACCAAAGCAGUCACGGAGAUGAACGGACGCAUCGUGGGCUCCAAGCCACUUUACGUCGCCCUGGCCCAGAGAAAGGAGGAGAGAAAGGCUCACCUGACCAACCAGUAUAUGCAGCGGGUGGCCGGGAUGAGAGCGCUCCCCGCCAAUGCCAUCUUAAAUCAGUUCCAGCCUGCAGCUGGGGGCUACUUUGUGCCAGCAGUUCCACAGGCUCAGGGAAGACCUCCAUAUUACACACCUAACCAGUUAGCACAGAUGAGGCCUAAUCCACGGUGGCAGCAAGGUGGGAGACCUCAAGGCUUCCAAGGAAUGCCAAGUGCUAUACGCCAGUCUGGGCCUCGUCCAGCUCUUCGCCAUCUGGCUCCAACUGGGUCUGAGUGCCCGGACCGCUUGGCUAUGGACUUUGGUGGGGCUGGUGCCGCCCAGCAAGGGCUGACUGACAGCUGCCAGUCUGGAGGUGUUCCCACAGCCGUGCAGAACUUAGCACCUCGUGCUGCCGUUGCUGCCGCUGCUCCUCGGGCUGUUGCACCUUACAAAUAUGCCUCCAGUGUCCGCAGCCCUCACCCUGCCAUCCAGCCCCUGCAGGCACCCCAGCCUGCGGUCCACGUGCAGGGGCAGGAGCCACUGACCGCCUCCAUGCUGGCUGCAGCACCCCCCCAGGAACAGAAGCAGAUGCUGGGUGAACGUUUGUUCCCGCUUAUCCAGACGAUGCACUCAAACCUGGCUGGGAAGAUUACGGGGAUGCUGCUGGAGAUUGACAACUCGGAGCUGCUGCACAUGCUGGAAUCCCCCGAGUCUCUCCGCUCCAAGGUGGAUGAAGCUGUGGCGGUCCUACAGGCUCAUCAUGCCAAGAAAGAAGCUGCCCAGAAGGUGGGCGCUGUUGCUGCUGCUACCUCUUAGACAACGACAAACCGAUUCAAAAGCCAAAUAAACCCUCAUGGAAUUCAGCUCAAGGUUUGAAGACUUCCUUGCUUGUCCUAUGGACCUCAACACCAAGAACCACAAAUUGCAAAUUUAAUAGGUCAUUUUGUAUCAAAAGGUCAAUUAUGAAGCACCUAGAAUUUUUCAAUUAAAAGAAUAUAUUCUCUGGGUUCUGAUAUGGCCCAGACAGUGUUAACUUUUUUUUUCUAUUGUGGGUUUUGAUUUUCCCCCCCCCCCAGGAAUUGGUUUUA